AUGCGACCGCACGGGCUGCAGGUAAUUUUCCUUCCGCGAGGAGAUCCACCAUUGUUAUUUGUUACAACACUGAGCAAAUCUGUGGCCUCGAUUGAUUCCCCAACUAACUGCUGCACAUUCUCUCAACCUAAGCCUUCGAUUGUUGUUUCUACUUACCAUUUACUCUCUCUCACGUUUCCUUCGUACUUAGCCGACAGUUCUCUGGUCUAUUUUUCACUCUACCUCCAAGUUCUCGCAGCAAAUCUAGGCCUCCUCGGUGGAUCUGGUGUACGGCACACCGGUAUACGCGGACAAGCAAAUUCUCUGAUGCGCAUUGGUGUGCUGAUUCCGCCGCUUUAAGGUUUGCCCCCAAAGCGGAGCUUCUUGUGCCCUCAACGAUGCUGAUCUACGGACCUUUAACCCCCGGCCAGGUGUCAUUUUUGCUUGGAAGCAUCCCAAUAUUUUUGGCCUGGGUAUAUUCAGAAUUUUUGGAGUACAAGAAAAAUUCAGCCUCAUCCAAAUUGCAUUCUGAAAUCAGCUUGGUUGAGGUGGAAAAUGAAACAGUAAAAGAAGAUGACAGAGCGGUUUUAUUGGAAGGGGGAGGUGUCCCUUCAGCUUCUCCUAAAGCUCGGAGUUCGUCCAUCACAUCUCACUUUGUCAGAUUCUUGUUACUGGAAGAUUCUUUCUUGCUUGAAAAUCGGUUAAUACUGAGAGCCAUGUCUGAGUUUGGUGUCCUUUUGAUCUACUUCUACUUAUGUGAUCGGACAAAUCUCUUGGGUGAAUCAAAAAAGAGCUACAAUCGGGAUCUUUUCUUGUUUCUCUACUUCCUUUUGAUCAUAGUCUCAGCAGCUACAUCUUUUAAGAUACAUCAUGAUAGGUCGCCAUUUUCAGGAAAAUCCAUAUUGUAUUUAAACAGGCACCAAACUGAAGAGUGGAAAGGCUGGAUGCAGGUACUAUUUUUAAUGUAUCAUUACUUCGCCGCAACAGAAAUUUAUAAUGCAAUACGACUUUUCAUUGCUGCAUAUGUGUGGAUGACUGGAUUUGGGAACUUCUCAUAUUAUUAUGUCAGGAAGGAUUUCAGCCUUGCAAGGUUUGCUCAGAUGAUGUGGCGGCUAAACUUUUUAGUUUUUUUUUGCUGCGUAGUCCUUAACAACAGUUACAUGUUGUAUUACAUAUGCCCCAUGCAUACUCUUUUCACUCUUAUGGUUUAUGGGGCGCUUGGUAUUUUAAAUAAGUAUAAUGAGAGUGGAAAAGUCAUUGCUGCAAAAAUUGUUGCUUGCUUUUUGGUGGUGAUUCUGAUAUGGGAAUUACCUGGAAUCUUUGAUCUGGUCUGGAGGCCAUUCACUUUUCUUCUUGGAUACACCGACCCAAAUCCUUCAAAAUCUAAGUAUCCCCUCUUGCAUGAGUGGCAUUUCCGCUCGGGCCUUGAUCGCUACAUAUGGAUAAUUGGCAUGAUAUAUGCUUACUAUCAUCCAACAGUGGAGAGAUGGAUGGAGAAAUUAGAGGAAACAGAAGUGAAACGUAGGAUAUCAAUUAAAACAGCAGUUGCAAUUGUUUCCUUGACGAUUGGAUAUCUAUGGUUCGAGUAUGUAUACAAGCUUCCCAAGGUCACAUACAAUAAGUACCAUCCUUACACUUCAUGGAUUCCUAUAACUGUCUAUAUAUGCCUGCGAAACUUGACCCAGAACUUCCGGAGCUACAGUUUAACCCUUUUGGCAUGGCUUGGGAAGAUCACAUUAGAGACCUACAUAUCACAAAUCCACAUAUGGUUGAGAUCAGGGGUGCCAGAUGGACAGCCUAAAUUGCUUCUUUCUCUGAUCCCAAACUACCCAAUGUUGAACUUCAUGCUUACCACUUCCAUCUAUGUUGCAGUUUCAUACAGGCUGUUUGAACUUACCAACACAUUGAAGACAGCAUUUGUGCCAAGUAAAGACGACAAACAACUGGGCCGCAACAUCAUUGCAGCUGUUAUCAUCUCCAGCGUUCUAUACACUUUGUCUUUUAUAUUCUUGAAGAUCCCUCAGAUGCUGGUGUAAAGCCUCAGAAUGUGCAGCCUAGAGAGCUACCACUACCACCAGUUUCCAUGUUGGUUUUUGCUUUUACCACGUGAAGGUGAAGCACAUUCCUGAGCCUUCACCUUCCAUCAAAGUGAUUGAGAACAAACAGAUAGUGUUGUGAUAUUUGGUGGGUGACAAGUAGAGUAUUGUAUAGCGAAGGGCAGCUGAUAAAUUUAACCCCAGAUUGAGGGAUUAUAGUUACAUUUAUUCUCAUUGGUUUUUAUACGAAUAUAUUCUGGUUUCAUUGUA